GCUUGCGGGACAGGCAUUGGCGUCCGCUCGCCCUGAAGCCCCGCGGUUCCUCUUUGCUGUCGCUAAGCUUCAGCUGCUGCCCGAGCAGCCUUCUUUCUCCCGCGCUCAAAGCUAAGCUUUGUUUGCAGGUCCCCGGACCCAUCCGAGCGCGCGACAUGGGGCGGACAUCAAAGGACAAGCAGGAUGCCGAUUGCCGCCUGGCCCCGGAGAACGGCUGGCGCGCCCGCAGCGCUUUUAAGCUCCUCCAACUCGACGAGGAAUUCCAGCUCUUACAAGGGGUGGUGCGGGCUGUGGACCUGUGCGCAGCCCCUGGCAGCUGGAGCCAAGUCCUGAGCCAGAGGAUGACGGACGGACACGUGGUGGCGGUGGACCUGCAGGCGAUGGCCCCGCUUCCAGGUGUGUUCCAGAUCCAGGGCGACAUCACCCAGCUGUCUACGGCCAAGGAGAUCAGUCAGCACUUUGAGGGCUGCCCCGCCGACCUCGUCGUGUGUGAUGGGGCCCCCGACAUAACUGGCCUUCGCGAUGUGGAUGAGUACAUGCAGGCCCAGCUCCUCCUAGCUGCUCUGAACAUUGCUACCCACGUUCUGAAGCCGGGGGGCUGCUUUGUGUCCAAGAUCUUCCGAGGCCGGGAUGUGACGCUGCUCUACAGCCAGCUGCGCGUCUUCUUCUCGAAGGUGGUGUGUGCCAAGCCCCGGAGCAGCCGGAACUCCAGCAUUGAGGCCUUCGUUGUCUGCCAGGGCUAUGACCCUCCUGCGGGCUUCAUACCAGACCUGACCAAACCCUUAUUGGACCACACAUACGACCCAGAUUUCAACCAGCUAGAUGGCCCCACCCGCAUCAUCGUGCCAUUCGUGACCUGUGGGGACCCUGCCUAUGAUUCCUAUGGAAGUUACCCCCUGGAUCUCGAGGACGACUAGGAGUCGGACAGCCUCCCAUCUCCCCCGUACCAAGAGGCCUGCAUGCUGAAGAAGGAGUGGCUGGUAAAGGGGACUUACCCCCAAGAGACCUCGUUAGCAUAGUGGACAUGUUGCCCCCAACCCCAUCAUGUCAUGUGCUUUUGAGGUGGAAGAUGGUGAGAAGACUUCACCUUGAUACAUUAAGCUAAUUGAACUCAAAAACUGUUCGUCGUCGUCAGGAGAGCUGGAGUCUACAUUGGUGAAUUUGUUUUCUAAUACCAUCUUCUCGUCCACAGGGCCUGAAUGUGCAGAACUGUGUCUGCACCCACAGUGGGAAUUCUAGAGUGAGGUCUUGUCUCUUCUCUAGAUGCAUCUUUCCAGGUGUGUCCUAAUCAUGCCCAGAGUUUACCCCUAAAGUAGGAGUUCUGGACCAGGAUAGAAGUCGGGUAUUUAUGAACUUCAUGAAGUAAAAUAAUACAUCUUGAUUUUCAUUAGUCACUGAAUUCUAUUUCACUUCCAAUUAUGGAUGCUGGCAGUAAAUCACAGUAAUAAAAGUACUACUUGCAACUUUUUCACCUAUACAAAUUAAGUAUUUUCUGUUACAUUAUAGGUGUGGCAAGUAUCUCACAAUGUGACCUUGUAAUGUGAUGUACUAAUAAAGAAGUCCAUGUAUAACUAUAUCUUCUCAACAAAACAAACAAAAAAACCUGACUUUGGCGGGCUUCUGCAGGGCCAGCUAAAUUUAAGGUAGAGGGGUAAACUCGGGAAAUUAUCAUAUCGUGACUUAAAAAAUUAUUCCAUGUAGCAAUGGUUUUUGCUUUUCCCUCUUUUGUAAUUACUAUGUAUUUACUCAGUGCUUUGUGUCCUUCAACUGCCACUCUGCUAAGUGAGCCACAAUAGUCAGGUCUGCCUUCUUCAUCCCCCUUCCCCGUGUCUGGCCCCUUGUUCCUUGUCUGUGUUGUGAAGUGCCAUGGUUGGUAUGGUCUCAUAGGAACCUCUUGUGGCAGAGUAGAAGGGCUGCACAGUGUUUUCUUGCUGUAAUCUUUAGGGGAGCAUAUCACCAAGUCUUUGUGCUGGAGAGCAUGGUGAGUUUAAACCACCACCUGUAGGUUAGCCUGCUGCCAAGGGCUGACCUUUGUUCCAUCAGGGCUCCUUUGGACCUAUUUACAAAGAAGCUCAUGUUUCCCAUGUGCAGAAAUGUGUUUAGUACCUGUUUCCCUUACCUUAGAUUUACUUUAGAUUGUAUCUGGCUCUUAAUUCUGAGCUCUUAUCCUUUUACUCUACCCUAAUUUAUAUCGAUGCGCUCCUUUAUUAUAAUCCCUAACAAAGUACAAAUUAUUGUAAUAGUUGACCUUAAUUUUCGAUUUACUUACAAAUACUCAUUUAUCUCUUUCAUCAUUGAUAGACUGGGAUUGGUUGUUAACCUCAAUGUAUUUAGAAAUUUGGGGAUAAUUAAGAUCUAAAAUGUAAUGACUUGUUCCAUGUAUUGGAGAUGCAUAAAUCCUCGAGUAGUUUGGAGACCCUGGGUUGUGCAAAAGACUAAUGAACUUAGCCGCUAACGGAAAGGUUGGAGGUUUGUGUCCAUCCAAUAGGUCGUUGGAAGAAAGGCCUGAAGGCCUAUUUCUGAAAAAUAACCACCAUGGAUCACAGUUGCUUUCCCAUGUGUCAGAGUUGACUACAUGGUAACUGGUACCCAACUAGCAAGUUUAAUUUACUUAUAAAUGAUUUUUUGGCCAUACUUAGCCAUUUUUACUGGUAAUUUUAGAAAUAUGAGCCUUAUAAUACAGUUUUCAAGUUUAAAAUGUUUACAUUAGCCUUAUUCUUGAAUUUUUUAUGGUAACUACUUAAAAAGUAAUUUCUCCAACUUUCCUUCCAUCCUCCACCCCCCUUUGUUCCUGCUUUUCAUUAUCUUUUACUUUUUCUACUCUUCUUCUACAUUUUGUUACCUCUCCUCUGCGCUUUCUCUUUUACCUUUGUAUGUUUUGUUGAGAAUUGUUUUCAUCAUUUCAUACAGUAGAAAACAAAAUUUUGGUCUGUUUUAUGGGCUUAAAUAUAACAUUUCUCCCAACAAAACCAUCUUAUUAUAAAAGCAAAUAAUAAAUAUUUGAAAAUAUUUGAAAAAAUAAGAAAAUGAAAGAGAAAAUAAAAAGAAUAAAGAAAAUAAAAGGAGGAAAAGAGUGGCGUUAGAAAUUUGUCAGAUUAUGCAAAAUUUUUAACAGGCUUUCCUAAUUUUUAAGCAUUUGGACCCAGUUAUUUUUAUAUCUGAAAUACUUCAUCUAACUCCUGACUUUGUUCAAAAGAAAAAAAUAACUUCAUAAACCCAAAUUACAAACAAACAAACAAACAAAAACUUACUCAGUUGUGAUAAGAUUCCAAACCCAGGUUUCAGGAAAUGAUUUCCUCAGAGUAUGGGUAUAAGAUUGUGAAGAUUGUAAACCUAUAGAAUCUUUAGGAUUCGUAUCACCAUCCAUCCCACUUGGAGUUGUUGCUAGAGGAAGACAAAGCACAAUAUCCAAAGCUAUUGUAUAUGUAAAAAAGCCAUAUUUAACUUCCUAGCAAAUAGACUUGUUUUGAGGAUGACUUACUACCUUUCAUUUAUUGAAUUACUGCUGUCUAAGUCACUGUUGUAAAAGACCUUUACUUACUUUAACUCAUUUAAUCCUCAGCAAUAAUUUUUACUAAAGUUUGAAGAUCCUACUUUAAUGACUAAUGUAUGGAUAUGUUACAAAUCUUUAUUAAAAAGUUAACAUAGAAUUAUACAUUCCAUUGUCACCUGUCAUUGACAUUUUUAUAUACUGCCCUUAUACACACAUUAUACAAGUAAUAUGGGGAUGUACCAUCCUGUAAAACAAAACCCUAAAGGUAAAGUAAAAGUACUUAUCAGCUUCUAAACACCCAUCUAACUUUGCAAUUCUUCCAUGUAUAUGUAGAAAAUAUAAAGCAAUGCUUUGUAUUUCCUUUUAAUUUUGAAAAUAGUAACAUUUAUUAACACUAGGAUUUUCCCCCUUAGCAUAAUGUUUUUCAGCUAUAUGUUAACACAAAUAUAUCCAUUCCAUUAUUCCUAAUGUCUUUUUUUGUACCUCUUCCUAUUUACACCUCUGGAGUCUUGGUAGUGCGUUGGCUGCUAACUGAAAGGUUGGCUGUAAGUCCAUCGUGGGAGAAAGAUAUAGCAAACUGCUUCUGUAAUGAUUUACAGCCUUGGAAACAUAGGGGCAAUUUCUACUCUGCCUCAUUGGGUUGCUAUGGGUCAGAAUUCAUCCAAUGACAGGGGUUUAUAUAUGCCUCUUUUGAUGGGUAUAUAUUUAAUUUCUUCUCUAAUGCAUGUUCUUGCUCAUUUUCACAUACAGAAAAAUUUUUGUAGUGUUCCAUUUUUAUUUCUCAUUUUCUAUUUAUAGUUACUUUAGUUAUUUUCUAAGUGGUUACCAUUGUAGCUAAAAUGAACUUAUUAAACAUAACAAUGUAGUUUGAA